GAAGCAACAUCGCCAGUACCACUUCCUGAUUCUGCCAGCGAUGCGCCUGGAGUAGAUGCGGUCAGUGCUAACGGUAAUGAACAACCAAAGAAGAAGAAAAAGCGGAAUAGAAAGCGAAAGGCAGAAUCUGCGGUGCAACUUGAGGAUUCCGUGAAGGUUGAAGAGGAGCAGCAGCCGCCGAGACCGAAAAAGAAGAGGAAGCAUCUCGAGGCUGGAAAGGAAGAAUUGAAGAUUGAUGACAGUCGUUUACGCGCUUAUGGUAUCAAUCCUAAGAAAUUCAAGAACAAGCUCAAGUGUAAAUUUCAUUUGAGGCCUUCAGAUAUGGGAGGAGUUCUCAGCUAUUUUCGCAGUCUAUUUGGACAACGAGAGAUGCGUAUCCUGAUUCUUGGUCUUGAUGGUGCUGGAAAGACAACGAUUCUAUAUAGAUUACAGGUACUGCGCAUUUUACACAUAUCGGGUUAG